AUGACGUCUGUGGAUAAUGUAGCUCAAAAGUUAGCAUCUUUACCUUUUUUGGGUUGUUGUGGUAUGGAUGUUGUAGGUCUUAGUGGUGGUUUGUUCAUAUGUUUUUUUUUAGCGUUUAGUUUAGUCCCUGUAUAUGCUUCACAAAAUGUAUAUCUAUGUAAGUUAGUGCAAGGAGAUGAAAUAAAACAUGUAAUGUUUGUGUAUGGCUCGCCUCAUAUUACUAAUCGCUUGGAGAUUUGGUACUUGAUUAGUAAUUUAAUGGACACAAUUUCAAAUGUGGUGAUUAUUGGGGACUUUAAUCAAGUGGAAUAUAGUUCGGACAAAUUAGGGGGUAAUUUCUCGAUUCCGGGACAAUGGGACUUUAUGAAGUGGAGGAUAGGUUUGGACUUGGUAGACGUUCCUUUUUCUGGUCCUCGUUAUAACUGGACUAAUAACAGAUUGGAUUCGGAUCCCAUUUUUGAACGUCUAGAUCGAGCCUAUCGCUUUUCCACUUGGUUUACUAAUUAUCCGGAUACUAAGCUUUUGCACCAGCCAAUCUUAUUUUCAGACCAUGCUGCUGUUAUCCUGUCAGAUUCUGCAGAUUCUGACUUCAGUAAACGUCCCUAUCGUGUAGAGAACUGGUGUUUGUCAGCUCCAGCUAUACACAACAUUAUAGCUUCUGUGUUUUCCUUGUUCUUUCCUGGAUCUCUCAUGUUUGCCUUAUCUCCUUCGCAAACUCUCUGCUCCCGUGCAGACCGGUGCUUGUUCAUCUCUACUAAGAAUGAGCGGAUUGCUGAAGCACAGGCAGCUUAUAUUUUCUGGCAGCAACGUGCUAAAACUAAGUGGGACGAUUUGGGAGAUUCACAUUCUCGCCUUUUGUUCUCUAAGUUCCAAUCUCGUAAACGAAAGAAUAAAAUUUUGGGUCUUCGAGACUCCACUGGUUGUUGGCAUCAGGAUACAGCUCAAAUCAAUUCAAUUACGCUACACUUUUAUAAAGAGUUGUAUUCAGCGUCUCCUGAAAUUUCUACCUCUGAUACAGAUUGGUGGGAUAGCCUUUGUCUUCCCUCUCUCUCCUCUACUCAGCGAGCAUUUCUUAUGGAACCUUUCACCUCGGAAGAGAUUCGAUCUGCUAUUUUUAGUAUUAAUGAUGGUAAAUCUCCUGGGCCUGAUGGCUUCCCGUCUACUUUUUUUAAAUCUUCAUGGCAGUUGGUUGGUCAAUCGGUAGUGGUAGCGGUUCAACAUUUCUUUGUUCAUGGUUAUAUGCUGAAGGACUGGAAUCGCACUUUUUUGACUUUACUACCAAAGGUGGAUAAUCUGGAAUUUAUUUCUCAAUUCCGUCCGAUUGGUCUUUGUAAUGUCAUCUAUAAGUGUGUGGCUAAAUGCCUUACAAGUCGGAUUCGACAAGUGUUACCCAGUUUGGUUGUGAAUUAUCAGAAUGCUUUUGUUCCAGGAAGACUUCUUUCGGAUAAUGCCCUGAUUGCGCACGAAGUUCUUUCUUUUAUGAACAAGUCCAAAGCUAAAAAGAAGUUUUUUGCUGCUCUUAAGUUGGAUAUGAACAAAGAUUAUGAUAGGGUCAAUUGGGAUUUUCUGUUUCGUUUGCUUCAGGCCUAUGGGUUUCCUCCUUAUUGGAUCCACAUUAUUCGUCAGUGCGUCUCAACGGUCUCCUAUCAAGUUUUGGUUAAUGGUAAUCCCCUACCGACUUUUUUCCCUCAGUGUGGUCUUCGACAGGGUGAUCCCCUGUCUUCCUACCUGUUUGUUCUAUGUAUGGAGGUUCUGUCGGCUAUGAUUCGAAGGGCUGAGCGGGCUUCUCUUCUUAAGGGUAUUUGUAUUCCUUGGAACGCUCCAACUAUUUCUCACCUGUUUUUCGCUGAUGAUUCUCUAUUAUUUUUGCAAGUUUCUCCUGAAGCUUGUGAAAAUCUUAUGACUCUUCUCUCGGAGUUUUGCUCAUUAUCGGGACAAGUGAUUAAUCUUCAGAAGUCCUUUGUUAAGUUUAGUCCUAACACUCCGACAGACUAUCGAGAUUUUCUUAGCCGGAGUUUGAAGCUUCAGUGUAAGUCUACUCUGGGUUCUUAUUUGGGUGUCCCGGUGGAGCUGGGUCGUAGUAAGGUUGCGGAUUUUGGUUUCUUGAUUGAUAAGGUAGUUCAGCGUUUGUCGGCUUUUGCUUCCCUUGGUCUUUCGUCUGCAGCUAAAUUAAUUAUCAUCAACUCUGUUUUGGUGGCUUCUUUUAAUCAUAUUCUCUCUAUUUUCAAAGUUCCCUUGUCUAUCUGUUCUAAAGUGGAUGGUCUGUUAGCUCGCUUCUGGUGGAGAUCGGAUCAUCGUUCUCGAGGGUUGGCUCUGCGCUCUUCUACCCUUUUGCAUCUUCCAAAAGGUCUGGGUGGAUUAGGAAUUCGUCAGCUUCAGUCUUUCAAUUCAGUUCUGUUGGCUAGACAAUGUUGGCGCAUUCACCAUAAUCCUCAGCUUCUUGUUUCAAGGACUCUCUCAGCUCGGUAUCCUUCUCUCCGUCUCUUUCAGACUAGGAGAAUUCCAGGAUCCUCUUGGGGUGUCAAGGCCUUUUACAGGGUUUCUCUCCUACGCCAUGCUGUUACGUCAUCUCGACUACUCUUCCAAGGGUUCUGGCUUAACUUCUUCAUGGUGGAAGGCUUUCUGGGGUUUGCCGCUUUUGCCAAAGUUACAAUUAUUCUGUUGGAAGCUCCUUCAAAAUGCGCUUCCCCUAAUGGUAUUCUGCAACAGCGAGGGAUCCCAGUAGAGGCUACUUGUGUUCUUUGUCGUGGUUCUUAUGAGUCUGUUGCUCAUCUGUUUCGAGACUGCUCUUUUGUUUCGGAUAUCUGGACGUCUGUUCCUCUGCUUUCGUCUCUUGUCAUUCGUCGGGACGUUCAUUUUCAUGACUGGGUUUCUCGAUGUUCUGCGGUCGAUGAUUUUAGGGCCUCUGCUCGUCUUACUGGGGUUGCCUCUGGUGCUAUCAGGCAACUUCCUCUCUCGUCAUGUUAUCUUAUGGGAUCUUCAGAUUCUUCCGCUGAUGUCUUUCUUUUGAUCGAUGGUGCUUACAACUCCCGUGAUAAUACUACAAGGGCUGGUUGGAUUUUUAGAUCUCCACAUUCUGCUACUGUUCUUGAAGGGGGUUCUAGAGCAUUCCUUUCUUCUUCGGCCUUUCAGUCAGAGUUGCAGGCUUGUUUCUGGGCUUUACAGGCAGCAGAUCAUCGUGCUUUUCAACACUUGCUGAUUUAUACGGAUUGCUCGUCUUUGUUAUCUUUCCUCGGUAAUGAUGGGUGUCGGGAUAUUUCUUGUUUGUGGCUGUUGCAAGAUAUCAGGAAUUUAGUCUCUCGGUUUUCGUCUUGUGUUGUUCAGAAGGUUCCUCGACAGUGGGUAGCUCCUGCUCAUUGGUUGGCAACUCAAGCGCGUCAGCGUCAUCUGUUGUUGUGGUCUUUCUAG